CUGCAAAGUAUACGGACGCGGAAGUUGAGAUGUUCCGGAUACAAAAAGUGACUAACUUAAGCUUUUCCAAGAAGACGCAAACUGAAACUGUUACAAAUUGUAAGCUUGUGUCGCAUUAAAAUAUGGCUGGAAAAGUGAUUUUAUUUAUCAUUCUUUAUGAAAUCUCUUCUGCGAGAGCAGACUGUAACAGUAUACCAUCUAUAGAUAAUACGAAAAAUAAUGCAACCGGAAGUGGACCUUUUGCAGAUGGAACUGUCAUCAGGUUUGAUUGUGAGAUUGGUUUUAACCCAGCUGGAACAAGUCGUGAAUACCGGUGUUCUGGUACACAAUGGGUAGAUGGAAACCUAAGGUGUGAGGAGAUUUUUUGUUCACAUGUUGAAACACCAGAAAAUGGGAAGGUAGUCAAUGUUCCCACUUAUAGGGUGGGAACAACAAUACAGUUUGAAUGCAAUGAAGGUUAUGACAUGGUGGGAUCUAGCAAUAAAAUGCUUUGUCGAAUUGAUGGGAAUUGGCUGCCACUAGAACCACCAGUAUGUAAUAUUAAAAUGUGUGGCGAAUUUGGAUCAAUUCAGUUUGGUGAAACAUUUCAAGAUAAUAGUUAUAUUAUAAGAAAUGGGUAUGGAAGCAUUACUGAAGUAACAUGUGAUGAAGGCUAUAUUAUAAAAGGAUCUCCACAUGUAAAAUGUAGGGCAGAUGGAACUUGGGGCACAAAACCUACCUGCGAGUUAAGCACAUGCCCUCCUUACCCAGGCUUGAACUCCUCAUGCAUAAGAGAUGCAAAUCCUUUUGGCCCUUACCUUUUCAUUAACUGUAGGGAUGAUGUGCCAGUGACCAAAACAGGACCUGCUCAGGCUGAAUGUAUCAAGGGUGCAUGGGAUUACUUAAACUUGGCUUGCUAUUGCCACUGUAAAGUUGAGGCUGAUUCGCAGACAAUUUCCUUGCAAAAUGUUGUAAAUGGCUACUUGGUGCAUGAUAAAACACUAGAAUGGAGCUGUAAGAACGGUUAUGAGAAAAAAAUGCCGGAUACAUUUCAUUGUUUUCAUGGAAAUUUGAUAAAGCCUGAAUGUAUUAUCAAAUACAAGCCUACAGUCAAAACCGAGCCUACAGUCAAACCCGAGCCUACAGUCAAACCCGAGCCUACAGUCACACCCGAACCUACAGUCAAACCCGAGCCUACAGUCAAACCCGGGCCUACAGUCAAACCCGAACCUACAGUCAAACCCGAGCCUACAGUCAAACCCGGGCCUACAGUCAAACCUGAAACAACAACAUACAAACCACCAGACACUGAUGAAAAUGCUAGGACGAUCAAUCCUCCUUCAGAGUCAAACAGUCCAGGUUUAUUUACAAUUUUAUUACUAGUUGCCUGUGCAGUAAUAUUAGUUGUAUCACUGUUAAUAAUAUGUUAUUGUGUGCCGUACUGCAAGAAAAAUUGUUUUUGCAUUGAUAAUUCAGAUGGAAACUGUGAGUUAAACAAAAAUUGUAUUUUAUAUCGUUCUCUCUGUUCCAAAGACAAUACGAAAUGUGGAAAUGAGAAAGAAAAAUGCCCGUGUGUUACAAAGAUGGUGGACGCUAAUGGUGAUGUGGAUGGUGAUGGCAGGGCGAAAAAACCCUUCUUUGUAGAGGCCGAAUAUACCCAGCAAACACAAGACGUCACACUGACGUCGGAUGACGGUCGGAAAAAACGGUUGGAUUUGAAAGUUUUUUGACGUAAUAAUCUGACGUCAGUUAGACGUCAGAAUCUACCCAUUAUCUAACCAUUUUCUGACCAUCUUCCGACCAAAAUCUGACCAUUAUCUAACCAGUUUCUGACCAUUUUCCGACCUAAAUCUAACCAGUUUCUGACCAUUUUCCGACCUAAAUCUGACCAUUUUCUGACCUAAAUCUUAACCCUUUUCUGCCCUAAUUCUGACCAUUUUCUGACCUUAAUCUGAUCAUUUCCCUAAUCCUUCUUGUUUUACCACGUUUUAUUACAUGCUUUCCAGUGUUUUAUUGUAAUAUAUCAGAUGAUUAUAUUCUGAUAAACCACUAGUGAAAUUUAUAAAAUAUAAUUUUCACUGUAGCCGGACUAUAUCUGAAUGCGGAUGAAAAGAAAAUCAUAACUAAAUGGAAUAACAGGCAGAAAUAAAUGCCGUCAUACGUAAAUUUUGCUUCUUUAGGAAAAGAAAGUCGAUGUCACCAUACAUCAUGUUUAAAAUGUAACAAAAUUAGAGAAAUCUAACAGAACUAUAUUUCAAAAUUGAUGAUGUGACGUCAUGAUGUGAUGACGUCACAAAGGAGAAUGCGCGACGUUACGCUGCAAAAUUAGUAAAAAAUACUUAAAAACACUUAAAAAGCAUGAAAUAAACAGAAAAUUUAUUUGUUUUACAUAUAAGAUUGAAAUAUAUUUCAUUCGUGAACACCAGCUAUUAUAUUUUCACUCGUGGCUACGCCACUCGUGAAAAUAUUGCAUCUGGUGUUCACUCAGUGAAAUUAUAUUUCAAUCUUACAUGCAAAACAAACAAAUAUCCUCUAUAUAAAUAAUUUCUGGCCAAUCCUGAUUUGAUCAAAUUUAAUGUAACUCAUUUUUCAAGUAACUUUAAUAUAAUUUAUUCAACUCGUGCAAAAAAUUCAGUAUUGAACUUAUAUACACUCAUUCAAUAUCCUCUAUUUAUGUUUUUUUUAUUUAAAAUAAAAGUUGCAAUUUAAAGCUGAUACAUACAGUUUUAGUAAAUACUUUCAUAAAUUAAACAAAAUAAAUCAUAAAAUAAGUUUAUAACAAAACAAAAUUAAAGUAUUACAAAAACAAUGACAUAAAUGAAGCUAAGAAAAAUAUAGAAGAUAUUCAAGUUUCUUCUAUAAAUACAUGAUUUAUUUUCAACGAGUGGUAUGAAAAUAAAUUUUCACGGGUAGCAGUAACCACGAGUGAAAUAUGAUAAUUUUCAUACCACAAGAUGAAAAUAAAUCUUGUAUUUAUAGAAAUGACUUGAAUUUUCUAUUAUGUACUUUUUCCUUUUUAACCUUAUAAAUAAGUGAGAAUUCCCUUUUAAUUUUGUUUAUUAGUUGAAUUUAGAAGAAAGUAGUUCGUGAAGACACAAGUGAAAAAAACAGAAAAUAUCAGUGAAAAAUAAAUUUUUACAGUGAAAAUGCGAUAAUAAAAAUACGCAUUUUAUUUCAUCAAUAUUUCUCAAUAUAUCAUUUAUAAGUAUAUAAUAAAUACAAAUAUUAAAGAACAAAACAAUGUAUGUACAUUUCUAUCAAAGUUUGCCUUAUCAAACAAAAUAAUAAAAAUAUUAAAUAUAACUUUAAGAAAAGUUAAAAGAUUCGGAUAAUAAUGUUUCAAGCAAUUAAUGACAGAUUUUCAGUAUUUUAACUAUAUUUCUACAGCAUUACUAAAACAUUUAGUGCUAUUUUGCAUAUUUUGACCUCCUUUUGAUAAUUGUCACUAACGUAAAAAUUACUUCCUUUUAGUUACUUCACAAAAUGUUACUUUUAAAUAUCCAUGAGAACUGGCACGAAUUUGAAGGUGUGAUGCUUUUCGAUAUAUGACCUUCUCUCACCACCCCUUGUCUGUCAGGAGGAUAUGUUAAUGUCCAAUGGCGUUUAUGAUAUCAUUUUCACUGAAAAAAAUUUUUUUAUGAAAAAUGGAAGAAAUAACAAGCAAAAAUGUUUUUCAUGGUUAUCUGCCCUUUAGAAAUUUUGAAAGUUAUCUUAACGAAUGAACAUCUUUCCUAGCUGUUUAGAAGUGAGUUUUAACGAAAAUUAAAAGUAAACAUAAAUACUGAAAAUUUAAAAGGCCGCUUCAAAACUCCAGUUUAGUAUGGAUUAAAGUAUUAAUUAAAUUUACAAAAAUCUUACUUUCCCAUGUUUCUUUUUACAUUAUCACGUAUUUCUGUCCCUUUGACCUUUGAGAGCAUGUCCAACACUUGAACUACCUGAAAAGAAAAUUAUAUUCUAACUUAUGUAUAUUCUACUUUUGAAAAUAGAACGGUUACGCAAGUCUUAAAUUUUUCAUAGUUUCAAAUUAAAGAUUGCACAUAAAUUGUUGAUAAUAAAUGUAUGUUUAUGUACUACGUUUUGUUAAAAAGUUUGUUCUGUUUUGAUUGUUCUGAUUACAUUUUUCCUACUAAUGAUUAAAUGAAGCGUCAUUCUAUAUUACAAAAUUAUAAUUAGAUAAUCAGCUGAUAAUAAAUCAAGUCGCUCUUUAAUUUAUUUCCCGUUCAUUUAUUAGAAUGAUAAUAAAAUCUGGUGUAAAACUCAUUAAGGUAAGAUUUAUUCUGAUUAAAAAUUGGUCCGAUUGAAAAAAUGUCGAAAUGUCUGGGACCGAAACGUCUUUGGUUAUUUGGGACCGAAAGGUCUUGGUCCGAAAUCGUACAAAUUCAUACUCAAUUCUCAGAUUUUAACUGACAAAACAUCACAGUUUAAUAAGAAUAUGAAAAGUAAGCAUUCUCUUUGGUAGUAUUGAAAGGAACAUUAUAAACUCUUCACGAGCAGAGUUAAAACAUGCCAAAUUUGAAAAGAUUUAUUAUCAGACAUUAUUGCGAAAUUGUGUUACAUUUUGCUUCAUCUGUUCAAAUAAUGAUAAUUAAAUUUAAGAAUGCUUGCAAUUAUGCAAAUAUUUAUCAAAUACAAAGUAGAAAUAAAUUUAAAUAAAUUGAACUGACCUUUGUUCAAGAAAAUCUAGAAUAUUCACUUUAUCAACGCAUCCCGAUUCCUGACCCACCGCCAAAACGUACUUGUACGAAACACCUACGAAUUUGAAUUUUCCAUCCACGUGGCUGUAGAUUCGAAUUAUAAUUAUGUUUUCUUUCCUUUUUUUCACUUUGAUUGAAUGUUAAAUCACUAUUAAAAACUCGUGAUUUUGAUACAUAUAAUGUACCACAAAUGUUAAUAUUAUAACGUUAAAUGAUUGGAACUCGUAAACAGAUCUGUGGCUAUAAAUAGAUUUCAUAACAAGAACACAUGUAUCUUGUCUAUAUACAGCGCCACCUUUAUGUUUUAUUAGGUUGCAGCAACGCACACUUGGUCUCCAAAAGGCACUUGUAUAUAUAUAUAUAUAUAUAUAUAUAUAUAUAUAUAUAUAUAUAUAUAUAUAUAUAUAUAUAUAUAUACUUGUAAAUAUAUACACUUGUAACCCAAAGAACAUUUUAAACAGUAGUUUAAAUGAUUACAACAGCGAAUAAGGAUUAUUUUUUGUUAAUUUUUACCUAACGUCAGGACAUCGACCAGAACCUGACGUUAGUACGACGUCAAAAAGAAACGUCUAAUAGACAUCGGCUUUUGGACGUCAGAUUUACGUCGUAUUUUGGUCGCAAACGUCGUGACCAAAAUCUUACGUUAAUCCGACGUUAUUUUAACGUCAUGUGUUUGCUGGGAAUGACUCUGGAAUACUUUUUUCUGGAAAAAAAUUAUCUGAGGUUGAAAUUUCUGUAUCUGAAGAUUUGUCCUCAGUAAGUCAAUGGUUAAUUGAUAAAAAGUUAUCGUUGCACCUAGGUAAAACUGAGUCCAUUGUGUUUGGGUCUAAACAAAAGCUCAGGUCACAUUCCAAAUUAAACAUAAAUUUUAAUGGCACUGCAAUAGAAGCAUCCACAUCAACCAAAUAUCUUGGGGUAACUAUUGAUCAAUACUUGUCCUUUGGUUACAUGGCAGACUCGGUAAUUCAGAAGGCUAACGCCAGGUUAAAGUUCCUUUACCGUAAGAACGAUUUCCUUACACAGCAUACAAAAAAACUGCUAGUCAAUUCUUUAAUUCAGUGCCACUUUGACUAUGCCUGCUGUGUCUGGUAUAAUGGUUUAACUCGGGUCUUGAAAAAUAAAUUACAGACAACACAAAAUAAAAUGAUGAUAUUUGUUGUAAACCUUGAUUCCAGAGUUCAUAUUGGCCUUUCCAAUUUAAAAUCCCUUAAUUGGUUACCAGUUUGUUAAAGAGUUGAACAAAUUAUGUUAUGUCAUGUUUUUAAGGUUAAAAACCAAAUGGUCCCAGAGAACUUAAGUGAUUGUUUUGUUUCUCAGGAAUCUAUGCAUUCAUAUUGCACCAGACUGAGUAAAAAAGAAGGGUAUUGUCUUCUUAAGGUUAAAGGUUCCGGGUCAAAGUCUUUUAGUUUUGUUGGUGCUAAACUAUGGCAUAGUCUUCCAACUUGUAUUUCUGAAAUUAACAAAUUUCAUCGUUUUAAGGUAGCCAUCAAAAGUCACUUUUUAAGUAGCAUGUAAGUGUUUUUCUUAAAAUUUCUUGCAAGAAAAUUUUAUAUGUUUGAAUUAUUUUUCGGCUCAGGUUUACUGUUUCAUUUUUUGAAAUUUGUUUUAAAUUUUUUAUUAAGACUUUAAAAACUUUAUCUUUUUUGAAUAGCGUAAUCUAUGGCAUGUUCUUUCCUUACAUACUCAUAACAACUGUGAUAAUUUUUUUAAUGUAAUCUUUUCUUAAUAUGCACAUGAUUAUUUCUUAAUGUGAUACUGACUUUUUAUUUACAUUACCUUACAUUUUAAAUUGUGAUAAUUUUAAAUGAUAUCCUUCAUUAAUGUGAUUUUUCUUAUAAUUAGUGAUAUUUUUUUCUUUUAUGAAAGACCUCUCUUUGUCAUGCCACCAAAUGCUAAGGACCACAAUGGAAAUAAGAGCUUGCUCUUUUUUGUGUUAUCCUUGGUUUUGCGAACAUGUCAUGGUUUACAUAAUAUAGUAUUUAUUAAUUUAUUUAUUCAUUUAUUUGUAAUUGUUUUAAUCUAUAUUGUGUUUGUUUAUCAUGUAACAUGUUUACCUUUAUGCCGAAAUAAAUCAAUCAAUCAGUC